UCACUAUUUUUUCUAAAUAUCUAUAUUAUUAAUUGCAGGUAUGGUUAUCUGGUGGAGAGCGUUCCCAGCUCACCUUCAUGUUGCCCAUUAUCUUCUCCGUAUUCCUCCUGUCUGCUUGCUGCUUAAACAAGGGUAACUGCAUUUCCUACGAUGAGCUGAGAGACCUGAAGACUGAAUUUGCUAUCGAUCUCUAUCACCACAUCUCCGGAGCAGAGAACAGAACCAACCUGGUCGUUUCCCCAGCAAGCGUGGCCAUUUCUUUGGAGCUGCUGCAGUUUGGAGCUCAAGGAAAUACCUUUACAGAGCUGCAGGACGCCCUAGGAUACAACAUUCAUGAUCAAAGUGUGCAGGAUUUUUUACACGCAGUGCAUGAAGGAGCAGCCAACUCUGGCCAGGGCACAGUGGUCCAGCUGGCGUGUUCCUUCUUCGUGCCCACCGGCGUGAUGCUCUCGCCCCACUUCGCUGCACGUGCCGCGCACUGGGCAAACAGCAGCCUGCAGCAAACCGACUUCACCGACCCCAACCGAACCGCAGCCCAAAUGCAGGAGUGGAUCUCCAGUAACCUCAGAGGUAGAGUAACAACCCACAGGAAUUAUUACACAUGGAUAAAAUGUAAAAUAAGAAUAACGAGAGAGCAUGCAUUUAACCAAGCUGCUGAGCAGUCCUGGCUUGCUUUAUUUCUUCACACAGACUUGUCCUUUACGCUUGUGCAAACAGGACAGCCUGUGUCCCCCUCCCCAUCUUUUUCCCAUGCAGAUGGGGAUGUGCACAGCCUGCCUUUGGAGGGAGCUGCGUCGCCACUCAGUCGGGUCACUGUGGUGAGCACCAUGUACUUCAAAAGCGUGUGGCUAAAGAAGUUUUCCUUUAUGGAUACACAGAUCUUGCCUUUUACCAUGGCGGAGGGCUCAAUCCUGAAAGUGCCCACAAUGCAUCACACAGCUGAAGUUAACUACGGCCAAUUCCAGACGGCAACUCUGGAGCCUUUCAGUGUGGUUGAGUUACCCUACCUAGGGGAGAAACUCAGCAUGUUCAUAGUGCUUCCCAGUCACAGAAGAACACCUUUGUCCCAGGUUGAGUCUCACCUUUCUGCCAAAACCAUAACACACUGGACCAGCAGCUUAAAGAGGAUGAAGAUGGACGUUUUUCUACCUAGGUUCAGUAUUCAGAGUCUUUUUGACCUAAAGACAGUUUUUUCUGCCUUGGGAAUUAGAGACGCAUUUGAUCCCAUCACUGCUAAUUUUAAAGGCAUUUCAGAGCAAGCUGGUCUUUAUAUUUCAGAAGCCAUUCACAAAGCAAAAAUUGAAGUAACAGAAGAUGGUACGAAGGCAUCAGGAGCUACAGCAAUGGUAUUACUAAAAAGAUCUCGAACACCUAUUUUCAAAGCAGACAGACCAUUUACUUUUUUCCUGAGACAAGCUAAUACAGGUAUGUAUGCUGUCUAAUUCAGUAGCAGGAUCAUUCACAAGUAGCACUGAAAUCAAUAAAAAGUUUGUUGUACAUAAAGCGACAUUCUUCAGCCUAGGAAAUUUUAACAAUCAUGAAAAUAGUGGGUUUAGAUUUUAAAGCAUACAUAAAGAAUAGUUUUAUUGGUUUGUUUUAAAAAUGGUAGUCAAAGCACAGAAGUCAAAUUCCCUUCUUCCAUUUGUAAGAGCCUAAAUAACCUUUUCACAACUACUAUAGACACCAGAAAUAUCUUACUGAAGAUCUUGAAUGCCCCAGCACAGGAGACAGACCUCCACAGGUCAAUUCAAAUCAUGAAUUGGCUAGAUCAGUAUCUCAAGUUAAAAUUUAGAUCCUCCCCUGUAAACGAAACUUGCUCAUGCCUACACAGACAGCACACAGCAAAAUAGACUUGUGAUUGUAGACACCAGGCUUCCAGGGCCUGAAAUUCCCUGUUUUAAUUCCUACCUCGGCAGUUUGAAAGGCUAUAGAAGUUCAGAAGUUCUGCAGACUAACAAUAUUUUACCCAGCUAUGGCUCAGAACAUACAGAAGCAAACUUCUCUUCCCUCAUAUCAUAAAUAUCAACACCUUAAAGGAGAUUGGACUCUUCACUACUUCACAUCCUCAUGAAACACUCAGGCUAUCAAAAGCCAUAGAUAUUUACUGUAAGUAAUUUGGAAACUGAGACCUCAGCCCUGCAGAAAAAACUAACUUGUAUAUUCCUUAUUGCAAGGAACUGCCAAAAAUGUAUUUUCUUCUGCAACUGGUGACUGUUUCUUGCUAACAAGCUUCCCCCAAACAAACAAAAAAUGUAGAAUAUACCUGAAAAUCUGAAGCAUCACAGUGCUCUUUUGGCUUGUGUGUCAGACUCUCUCUCCUUUCAACUGUCGAGUUAUAUAGACUACUCCAGAUUCUCUGCCAAAGGAAAACACCAUAAAGCUAGUUGACAACAACGAAGAAUUUUUAUGCACCUUUAGCACGUUUUUGCUCCUCUGCACUCUCAGGCUAACUCCAACAACUCUUACCCUUCUUUUCAGUGCAGUAAGUUUGCACCUUAGGUCUCUUCCUAUAAAAUCCUUCAAACCACCACGUUUCUCUUAUAAUUCUGGUCACUCCUGUUUAGAUUUGAUUUCCAGGGAAUGUAGAACCAUUCUUAGGGUUCAGUAAAACACUGCUUGGGGCCUGCUAAAAGACUGAAGGGAAUUAUUUUCCUUACCUGCUUACAAGAAACCAAUGAUGUUCUCUUAGAGUGUGAAUACAUGUGUAAUUAACAGCCUUAAAAACUUUUUAAAAACCAAAAUACAAUUAUUAAAGACUAAAGCACACUAAUUUAGAAAUGCUUUGACAAUCAUUACCGCUUAGUGAAUAAACAUCUUCUCUAGCAAGUGUGGAAUUAAAAAAAAGGCACUAAAAAAGGAAAUCUGAUCUAUGAAACCUGAGCCACAGACAGAUCAAAUACUGAUUUGGGGGAAUAAAUUUGCUCAGUUUACAGUACAUGAUAAAUUGUGUAAGAAGGAAAUCAGAUUGUAACAGGAUUCUUACAUGAAACAAAAUACAUACCCUCUAAUCAACUCAAGAUGAGAAGAGCAUUUGUAUAAUUUAAGCUUUUUAAUGAAAAAAGGAAAACUGAGAACAUUCAGG